AUGGCCUAUCCGUAUGACCGACAGUUUCGGCCUUCUUACACUGACGACAACUCCUCUUCUUCCAUUUUCAGAGUCCACAAUGGCGCGAACGAGUCCAAGAACACAUCCAACAUAGAAACGAGGUCUCUCGGCCACGAACAGACAAUGACGAAAGAUGAUGAGCACAGCAUACAUGAUAGCUGGAAGCGCCAUUUUAUGCCAGGCACAUUGUUUGCAGACAUCAGCUUAACUCUCCUUCCUGCUGCUAUCUUGGGACUCGCCCUGGCCGUCAUGUGCUUGGAUAAAACAGCUGUUGAGAAGGAGGUGCUUCAGAAAUGGGAUAAUGCCAUCACCGUGAUAGCAUCGGCUUUCCCAAUUUUAUUUGCCUCCGUCGCAAGUAGAAUGGUCUUCCAGGCCGCCCGCUGGAGGCUCGAAAAAGGUGCAACACUCAACCUUCUCGAACAGUUAAUCGGCAGUCGCACCGUCGGAUCCACGCUCGUUACACAAAUCAGCCUGAGGAGAUUUAAUAUCCUAGGCAUCUCUUUGCUCCUCCUUUGGUCCCUUUCGCCACUUGGGUCACAAGCCGCUCUUCGAAUGCUACGAACAAGACUUGAACCUGUGUAUGCAUCAUCCAACGUUCUCUAUUAUACGACGGAUGCCUCGUCUGUUUUUAGUAGCUCGACACUCGUCUCCCGCGGUGAGAUAGAUCAGUAUCGGUCGACUCAAUCGUUUAUGCAGACUAUGUACAAUUCGUUGCUGCUUGCUCCUCCAUCGGCUAAGAGUGAUACGAUGGACCUGUGGGGGAAUGUCAAAAUUCCCAGGCUAGAAGUGGACGGCGAUAGCGACGGAAGUUGGAAAAACGUUUCGUGGAACUCAGCACCAGAUUCUUACACCUCACUAGUAGGCUUACCUGUCACAAAUGUCACCCAAGGCAAUCUCACAUUCUCUCUUGAAUCAAGCUACAUCGACCUCGACUGCAAAAGAUUCAGCUACAAUAUCUCCGUCAUGAAGCAAAAGAUGUACAAAUGGGACUACUUCGACGGUAACAACAAUGGCUCUAUCCGGCUUCCCAACGGAACAUUCCAUGGAAUGAAUGGAACUACAUUACAGUCAGUAUGGAGUGUUGCUGUUGAUCGUUUUGUUGAUGAGUACUGGAACACCAAUGAUCGUUGUUCUUCAGUUGGCAAGGAAAGAGACUGCCAGAGUCCCAAACUGUUGGUCAACGAAAUAGACCUGGAUGUAACGCCCGCGCAGCUUGUCUUUGAGGCUUCAUUCCGAACCUCUCCCAAGCAAUAUGUUCCAUCAAUGCGCGUCGAGGCAGUCUGUGACGUACUCCAGCGCUAUGUCGAAUCUCGCGUCGCUUGUUCGCGGGCCGACUCUUCGUCGCCGCAAAACUGUACUGUCACUCAGCAGCGUUGGUCGCGCCAACCUCACGCUCCGGACGGUGUCACUAUGCUUUCGUUUCCUGAUAUCUGGAGCUGGGUGACGCGAGGCCUGCCUGUAGGAAUACAAGGUCAAAGCUAUGCCGAUACUCCGAUUCGGUAUCUCGAUAACCCCGCAGUUACAAGCUUUACUGUGGGCGAUGAGGAGGAAGAGGGGAAGCUGCUGAGCAACAUCACGGAGAAGCAGUUUGGUCGCCGCCUAUCACAGCUUCUGACCACAUAUGUCCUCUUAGGUCAGCUGAACCAGUACACGUCACAAGGAAGCAGUGACAUAGCUGCCAGUUUCGAACCAAACGUUACUGUCCCUGUCGAUGUCAGUACCCUGAAAGAGGUAUACGUUGUGCACUGGUCCUGGAUAGCCUUAUUCACUGCCUGUUGCGCUGUUCUUCUUGCGAGUGGUAUCACGGGGACCAUUUUUGCUCACCUGGCCUCUGGACCAGAAAUUCUGGGGUACGCCUCAUCUGUGGUGCGUGAUUCUAGAUAUGUGAGCCUUCCGCCUACUACAGGACAGAAGGAGGCUCUUGAAGUCACAAAAAUGAUUGGACAACAAAGAUUUAAGUAUGGUUAUACGAGUGCAACCUCAGAGGGACGGCCUUUGAUGGGAGUUGGGUUGGAGGAUCAAAUACAAGGGAUCAAGUACGAGAAGUAG